CUUAAAAUGGACAAGAGGGUUUAGCCUCUGUGACGAGUGAGAUGAGCCAGACAAGUUUGGCAACAGUAAAAAUGGGAUUUUGGAGGAAAAUCCUUGGUGGGGUUUUGGUUUUAUGCGUUUUGGGAGUGGGAGGAGAAGAAGAAGCAGCAGCAGCAGCAGCAGCAGCCUCACCUUCUUGUUCCUUUCCGGCGGUGUACAACUUUGGCGACUCAAACUCCGACACCGGUGGCAUUUCAGCUGCUUUUGAACCGAUUCCGGCGCCGUACGGCGAAGGCUUCUUUCACAAACCAUCGGGAAGAGACUGUGAUGGCCGUCUUAUUGUAGAUUUUAUAGCUGAGCGCGUAGGAUUGCCAUACUUGAGUGCUUACUUAAACUCAUUGGGAACAAAUUAUCGUCAUGGAGCCAACUUUGCCACCGGAGGAUCCACCAUUAGAAGGCCUAAUGAAACCAUUUACGAGAAUGGGAUUAGCCCAUUUUCGCUUGAUAUGCAGGUUGUGCAGUUCAAGCAGUUCAAAGCCCGAACCAAGGAGCUUUAUGAACAAGCAGCCAAAACACCCUCCGAAAGGAGCAAAUUACCAAACCCAGAUGAGUUCUCUAAGGCACUUUACACAUUUGAUAUUGGGCAGAAUGAUCUUUCUGUUGGGUUUCGAAAACUGAGUUCAGACCAACUUCUGGCGGCUCUACCGGAUAUCGUCAACCAGUUAGCCAAGGCAGUCCAAAAUAUAUAUCAAGGAGGAGGGAGGUCAUUUUGGAUUCACAACACCGGUCCAAUUGGGUGCUUACCAAUCAACUUUUUCUACAAUCUAAAUCCACCACCUGAUUAUCUUGACCAAUAUGGCUGUGUCAAGACCCAAAACAUAAUGGCUGUGGAGUUCAACAAGAAGCUUAAGGAAAGAGUAAUCAAGCUAAGAGCAGAGCUCCCUGAGGCUGCCAUAACAUAUGUAGAUGUCUAUGCUGCUAAGACAGGAAUGAUUGGCAAUGCAAAAGCUCAAGGAUUUACUGAUCCACUAAAGGUGUGCUGUGGUUAUCAUGUCAAAUACGACCACGUCUGGUGUGGGACGAAGGCACUGGUGAAUGGAAGUGCAGUGUUUGGUGCUGCUUGUGAAAACCCUUCUACUUCUAUCAGCUGGGAUGGUGUGCACUACUCUCAGGCUGCGAAUCAGUGGGUUGCUAAUCGCAUACUCAAUGGUUCGUUAACUGAUCCACCAAUUCCAAUCACUCAAGCAUGUAAGAGACAUUAGAAUUAGCAAUAUCGGCACCAUGUAUUAGAUUGAGCUAUGAAAGAAACUCCUAGAAAAUAUUACAUGUUUCAAAAAUAUGUAUCAGUAAUGUAAUCGGCAAAUCUCUACUGGAUCAAAACCAGAAUUUUGAUUCAGUUUACUACAUUUUAGACCAUGAGAGGACCUGAUUUGUUCGAGAUUACUCUUUGCUUA